CUCCAAAUUAGUUAACUACCUUCCAGAAUCAGCUGCCCAAUGUUUCCAAUCACAUGAUGUCUAUCAAAAAUGACAGCAGAGAUCAUCAGAGACAUUGGAAACAUUUACGAUAGAAUAUUCGAUCAUAAGCCAUUCCUAAGUGGAGAAAUUGCAUUUUUUCUACAUGAGUUUGAGGAACGGCGUAGAGACCGAGAAGUUGAAAAUCUUUUCUCUGCCAUCCAAACAACAGCUGAAGUGAAAACCAAUACGGUGAAAAAGUGUGAAAAUCUCUGUGAAAGCAAUUUGCUGAACUUGCAGCAACAAUUGGAUGCCAGUCUGAAGUCCUGUGAAGAAGUCCUUUCACAGCAAAGAGAUCCAAGUUUGGACGCACUUCUUGAAAAUAAUCGUCAAACACGGAAGAAAGCAUGGCAAGUAUUUGUUGAUGAUAUGACCCACAAGUGUUCAAGGAUCGAUUUAACAUUUGAAGAAAAGGAGGAAGAACUUGUUGAGUUUUAUUCUGAUCUCGAACGCAAGUUGCACAUUCAUAAGUAAAGCGUUGUUAGUUCAUGGUGCUUAAAUCGUCAUUUC